GUGACGGCCAGCAGGUGGGUCAUGGCGCUUGGGGAAAACAACAAAACUGAUGAAUAGCCACUUCGGAACUAUCUGCUUCUUUGAAUUCGCACCUUUCAGACACAAAAAUGGAGCAGCAGCCGGAAAAUCCUGAGGGCGCUUCUGCUGAUGAGUCCAAAGAGGAGGUGAUGACCGGAACGCUAAUUGAGCACCUCGAGAUUUUGGUGACUGAGGCCGAAAAGAGGGCAAAUGGUGCCCUGAAUAUAAAAGAUUUCUACACAGUCUACUUAAUUGAAACUAAAUUAAUGAAUGGCAGCAAGUGGCCAAUGGCUCGUGAGCUAAGUUCCCUGUGGCGUCGGUACAGUCAGUUUGAGAUGCUGCGAGAGUACUUGGACAACAUGUACCCCUUCAUCAUCUGCCCUUGCCUGCCUGAGAAAAAGUCUGUCUACUCCUGGAAUAGCACGACGAACUCCUCCGACACCUUCGACCCAGAUUUCGUUGACAGACGAAGGGCCAGUUUGGAAACUUUCCUCAUUAGGGUUGCAUCACACCCUGUGCUGUCCAGGGAUGCCAUUUUUCUGUCCUUCCUUCAGCAGAACGAAGGCUGGCAAGACAAACUUAAGGAAUAUGCUGGUUACAUCAACAAAGCCGAAUCAAAACUGAAGUCACUGAGCUUGCCGAGUAGACUGAAAAGUUCAAAUUCAGAUAAACGAUUCCAAAUUUUACACAAAUACGGAUCUGAUUUACAAAUGAACAUUACCAGUACCUUAAAAGUGAGAGCCAAAUUGCUCGAGAAGCAAUAUUGUUUGCACAAACUGCAUCAGAAUUACGGCCGUGUUUUUAGUGAAUGGAGUGCCAUCGAGAAAGAAAUGGGCGACGGACUUCAGAGAGCUGGGCAUUACAUGGAUUCUUAUGCCACUUGCAUUGACACGGUGCUGGAAGAGGAGGAACUGAUUGCAGAUCAACUGAAGGAGUAUCUUUAUUUUGCAAAUGCCUUGCAAGUUGUUUGUAAAAAACAAGAACUGAUGCAAUUAAACUUAGAAAGAGCCAAAUCAGUGGUUGAGGCUAGAAAUGCUGAAAAGCAAAGAAUCCAACAAGGGAAAUCAAGCCUGAUGUUAAGACUGUUCGGAGCUGUUGAUAGUGAGGAGAUUAGGGAGGCAAAGUUGGAAGAGUUGGAUCAGAAAUUGAACCUGGACAAUAGCAGUGUCAGCACAGCUCAGGCUGAUCUCGAUAAAUUUUCUGAUGAAGCUCUUGAUGAUCAUGAAAGGUUCAAGAAGCAAAAAAAUCAAGAUCUGAAAGAAACCCUCAAGUCUUUCGCAACUCUACAAGCAAAGGCAUCUCGAAAGAAUGUGGCCAUUUGGACCCACAUGAGAGACUGUUUUAUGAGUAUACCUUAAAACGUAUCAGCUGUGCCAAUCAUUCUUAAUGUUAAUAAAAAUUAUUAUUGAAUAAAUUAUCAAAAAAUUGUGAUCCUUUGUGAAAAAAAACGAAAAAUCUACUGUUUAAACAGUUUACAAUUUUAUGCAGAAUGUAUUUAUUUUCUCUGAACUAGUCUC